UAAUUUCGUAUUAUUGUUGAGUCCCUUUCAUACAACUGUUUCCCAUUAUCAUAAUCUACAGUUGUUUUAAGGCUUUGUAUUGACCAAUUUAUCGAUUACAUCUUGCAUCCUUCACAAAUUACAAUCUACUAUUAUCUUUCUCAAAACCCACAGUUAUGGCUGAUUUUGGAAUCUCCAUUGUUGAAAAGCUCAUAGAGGUGAUUGGGAGCGAGCUCAUCAAACACAUUUUUUACCGUUGGGGCUACAAAUCUGAGCUUGAAAAACUUGAAAAAACCAUCAUAAUCAUCAAGGAUGUGCUCGUUGACGCUGAGGCUAAGCGCAACCUUUCAAUGGCACAACAGGCCUAUAUAUCCGACCUCAAGGCUGCUGUUUACGAUGCUGAUGACUUGUUCGAUGAGUUCUUCACUCUGGCUAAGCUCAAUGAGAUCGAUGGCAACAGGGGUGGUAAGUUCUUCGAAAAGGUACGUGCCUUCUUUUCUUCAAAGAAAGACAAGGUUAGUCGAGCUAAACAGAUGUCUCGUAGAGUUAAGGAAAUUAGGAAGCAAUUGGAUACUAUUGCUGACGAUCAUAAUAAAUUUGGGCUUAUUAACUAUACCCCUAUUGUUAGGAGGCGGGAGGAAACUUGUUCUUAUGUUGAAGUAAAGGAUAUUAUUGGGAGGGAUUUUGAUAAGAAGGAAAUCUUAGAUGUGCUGUUAGAUCCUAGUGCUAGUGAUGAAUUUUGUUUCUUGACUAUUGUGGGAGUGGGUGGAUUGGGAAAAACGGCUCUUGCUCAACUUGUAUUUCAAGAUGAGAGCAUUAAAAAGGGGUUUUUGUCAUUAUGGGUAUGUGUUUCAGAUCAAGAUGGGGGACAAUUUGGUGUGAUGACAAUACUUUGUAAAAUUUUAGAAUUACUUACUAAUGAGACGCUGGAUAAUAGAUCCUCGUUUGAGUUAGUGCAAAGGAAGUUUCAAGAGCAAAUUAGUGGAAAAAAGUACUUUUUAGUUCUUGAUGAUAUAUGGAAUGAGGAUUAUGCAAAUUGGAAGGAAUUGGAGAAAUUCUUGAGGAUGGGUCUAGUGGGAAGCAGGAUUGUGGUAACCACUCGUUCAGAGAAGACAGCUACUUGCAUAGGAAGUAAGCAUGUCCAUAAGUUAAAAGGUUUGUCCGAGGAGGAUUCUUGGUCUUUAUUUGAGAUGACAGCAUUUGGAGAAGGAGAAAAAGAUGAAGAGUUAGUUAAGAUAGGGGUGAAUAUCGUCAAAAAAUGUUGUAACAAUCCUCUUGCUAUAAAAGUUAUAGGAAGUCUUUUACAUGGUCAAGUAAGAAAUAAGUGGGAGUCAAUUGAAGAGAGUGAUUUGGGUGAAAUUAAGGAGGGUAGUGACCAAAUUUUGCAUACAUUGAAGCUUAGUUACUACAAUCUUACAUCCUCGUUGAAGAGUUGUUUUAGUUACUGCGCAAUAUAUUCCAAGGGUGAAAAGAUAUAUAGGGAGAUCUUGAUUGACCUUUGGUUGGCACAGGGAUACAUAGUACCGUUAGUUGGAGGUCAAAGUUUAGAAGUUGCUGCGCAGGAAUAUUUUUUAAUUUUGUUGCGAAGGUGUUUUUUUCAGGAUGUAGAAAAGAACGAGUAUGGUGAUAUUGUGUUUGUUAAAAUGCAUGACUUUAUCCACGAUAUUGCUCAAGAAGUGAGCAAAGACGAAAUUUGUGUUGUAAAUUCUAAAACAAAGAAUGUGGGAGAGAAGGUACGUCAUUUGAUUGAGCAUUGUAAAUAUGAAAAGCGUAUAAUGUGUUGUGCUAAGAUUCGUUCAUACGUUCCCUUUAAUGGAAUGGUUGAUAAAGAAGUAGAGAACAUGACUGCUUUAAGGACAUUAUUGUUUAUGGUUUCAGGUGUUGAAAGAUCGAUAUUAUCAUCUUUGCAUAAGUUUUUGCUUUUGAGAUAUGUUGGCUUACAUGAUGAAGAAUUGUUAGCACUACCUGAUUCCUUUACAAGACUCUAUAAUCUACAAACAUUAAUUUUAUUAUGUGAACGAUUAGAGGAGUUGCCAAAAGAUUUUGGUAAUUUGAUUAACCUUAGGCAUUUGGACAUAAGCAGAUGUCGUCACUUGAUAGGUAUGCCUUUAGGUAUUGAUAAAUGUACAAAUCUUAGAACUUUACCAUAUUUUGUAGCGGGCAAUGGGAAUUCAUAUGCAAAACUCAAAGUGUUACAAGUUCUCAAUAAGAUCAAAGGAAGCAUCCGUAUCUUAAUAAGAAAAAAUUAUGAACAUGUGGAUGAAGUGAGUGAUACAGAAGGAGGUUAUUUGAAAGACACGAAACAUCUCACUAAUAAACUUUAUAUUGAAUUUGAAGGUGAAUGUAUUAAUCCUGAAGGCCUCAUGAAAAACUUGCAACCACCUUCCCCUCUCAAGAGUAUAGAGUUGCACAGCUACAAUGGUAAAACAAUACAAUGGUCUGCAAUCUCUCCCCUACAUCAUCUUAUCCACAUUGAGAUCAAAAAUUGUGAUAAGUUGGGGCAAAUACCUGUGCUUAGUAAACUGCUCCAUCUGAAAUCAUUGACACUUCAUGACUUAUAUAGUGUAGAGUAUAUGGAGGAAGGAAUGAGCAAUAGCAACGAUGAUACAAAAGAAGUGGUUGAUUUCUUUCCUUCUCUUGAAUGUCUAGAAAUUUGGGGAAUGCAAGAGUUGAAAGGAUGGUGGAAGGAGGGAGGUAUGAGAUUGAGAUUUCCCCGCCUCUUGUCUUUAUGUAUGAUAAGUUGUCAUAACUUCACAUCAUUUGUUCAUUUAAGCCCUGAAAAUUUUCCAGAGCACCAAUUCCCCACUCUAUGUAAAUUGUAUAUUAUAGGUUGCCCUAAAUUGGCUUCAAAUUUCGUUUGCGCUAGCUUGGAAGAGUUGCAGUUAAAAAAUAUCAAUGAAAGAUUGCUAAUAACUUAUGAGAAUUAUCAAGUUGAUGUGAUCACCAAAUCAAGGGAUGUUCUUAUAAGCCACAAGGUGAGUCAUCUCAAAUCACUACGCUUAAAUGGUAUUACUACACUCACCCUAGAUCAUUGUAUCGAUUCAGAGGUGGAGAGCUUUGUAGAAUUCAAGGAGGAAUUAAAUCAGAGUUGUGCUUCUUCCCUCCAAACACUUAAAAUUCUACGUUGUUACAAUCUGAGGAGACUUUCAGGGUUGGAGUCCCUUACAGCCUUGCAGAAGCUGUCAUUGAAUUGCAAUUACAAUUUGAGCAUCAAUGAAGAUGAUGAAGAGCCUUGGAAAUCCUUUCAUUCCCUUCGUGAACUCGAAUUUAGUGAUCUCUCAGAAAUGAAAAGUCUGCCUAAAGGGAUGCAACACUUGACCUCCCUCCAAUACCUCAAACUUUUUUAUUGCGGACUACAAGGGCUACCACAAUGGAUGAGUUGCUUAUCAUCUCUGCAAUCUCUAUAUAUACGUUAUUGUCCAGGCAUCGAAUCAUUUCCAGAAGCAAUGAAGGACCUCACCUCCCUCAACAGCCUUUCAAUAGAAGAUUGUCCAGAUCUAAUAAAAAUAUGCAAAACUUCCGACGGAAAGGAAUUCCAGAAAAUCAAACACAUCCCAAAAAUCUCAUUGUUUCGUCAAGUUGAGGAGACUCUGCAAUUGUGUGAACCAUUGUUACCUGCAAUUUCAAGAAAUUGAUUUUGAACUUUGAUAUUCUGUUCAUAAAUUGUAAACUCGAUCUUAUGCACUCAAUUCGUAGGUUUUGUUACAGUUCUCUUUAGUUUAAUAAGGUUGACUAGCUACAUACUUUUUUGUAUUAGGUUGUUUAUUUAGUACUCAAGAGAAAAUUUAAUAAAGAAGCGGUGAAUCCUUACGGGUUGGAUAACCCUAGGCGGAGAGUAGCCAUUUAUGGUGAACUUCGUUAACAAUUUAUUGUGUUUUGUCUAUUUUAUUUUUACUUGUUUAUCUAUGUCAUUCUUCGAAACCCAUAUUUUUGCUUAAAAGACGGCUGAUGAAAAAUUAUUUAUCAAAUAUUCCCUUCUAUUCACCCUAAAUAUCUCAUUUUUUUUAUUUGGUUAAGUCAUCUUAAAUGACUCAUCCUUAUCCUUAUUUUUUUGAGUAUAUUAAACAGAAUAGAAGGAGUAUGUGAGAAAAAAGGACAUUUGAGAAUAGAAAGAGGACAAAAGUAAGGUUAAAAUAAGAAAAAAUGAGUAAAAAUGAAUAAUUUUACAUUCUUUGGUGCUUUUUGUUUUUGUAAUGUAAUGAGAUAAGAAAAGAAAAGAAUUUAUGAUAAGAUAAGAUAAGGUUUGCUAUCAAAGUGGAAUGCAAAACAAUCUUAACACAAUCUCGUAAUAAAUGGGAUUAAAAAGCAAAAAGCUAAGGACAAACGAAACUUUGAGUAUGAACCAAUUACAUAAUUUGUAAUAAUGCAUAUAAAAAAAUUAAAAUAAAUUAUAAAAAUAUUUAUAGAAGUAUAUAAUUAAAAUUAAAUUGAUCAAUGAUGUUAUAUCCCAUAAGUUUAUGAAAAUCUA